GUCGUGUCUAUCUAUUGAAAACGACCGAGAUGACGAUGUUCGUGUUCGUGUUCGUGUUCGAGUUCGUGUUUGAGGCAUCCAUCACCCCGCGGUUCCGCAUCGGUUCCGCACUUGUGCUGCAACGCCCAUCCCCUCUCCUUCUCCUAACGCGCAAACGCCAUGCGAGACAGUUGUAGUCGACCUCGGCCGGCAAGCCUCCUCCUCAGCUUACAAAUCCGUGCCGUCUCCACCCAUGUCAGCCGCAACUCCACCACCGCCUCCUGCACGACCAAGGGACACGGCAUCGUCGAGGCCACGCUCAUCCCUGCCAUCCCACCCGCCGUCUCUUGCCUCCAAGUAUACUGCUCGCCACCGAGGCCGGCAGCCGUGCCCGCGCCGUACAUCAUCGCCUUCGAGGCCGACUUCAUCCUCAUCGGCGUGGCUGCCACCACCCGACGGUAUGACCAUUUUGUUUACAACUUGGCAGCGGGCGCAGGGACGUCGUCGCUGGAGCUGCUCCCGCUACCUCCCGACCCCUGCCCCCUCUCGCUCGACGACUCGCGCGUCGGCAUCCUCCGCUGCCGCCGAGGCAACCACUCUUCUUACCUGGUCGCCGCCCUCUGCUACACGUUCUCGCCCGGCGAGUACGAACUGCGUCUCUACAGCUCCGGCACCGGGAAAUGGGACACGAAGACCCUCUUGUCAAGAAGCCAGCAGCAGGAGCACGCUGGCAGCUAUCACGUCAACCACAAGGUGAUCACCAUCGGGGGAGACGCCGGCACCAUGGGCUGGGUGGACCUCUGGCAGGGCAUCCUCCUGUGCGACCUGCUCCGGCUCCGCAACGACGCCCGGUUGCGGUAUGUUAAGCUGCCACCGCCGCUGCUGCCAGGCAGGACGCUCGAAGGCUGCCCGAGGAGCUCGCGGGACAUCGCGGUCGUCGGCGGCCGCAUCAGAUACGUGGAGCUGCAGAUCCACAUCAGGCCCGGUUCGGCCAGCAGGGGCGGCUACCUCGCCGAUGGCUGGACGGUCGCCGUGUGGAGCACCAGCGCUACACGUCCUUGGGGGAAAGACGCCUGUUGGCGCCAAGACUACAAACUCGACGCUUCUCAGAUCUGCCUCACAAAUGAUGUACCAAACUUGGAGCUGCUGCCUACGCUGCCGCCGCCGCGAGAUGAUGAAGGCAAGUCCCAGACGAUCUUGGAGAGACUCCACACGGGCCAUCCCACGCUCAGCCUGCACGACCACCGAGUUGUUUACCUCAUGACAAAGGUCGACCACCGGGAUGAGGAGGCAUGGGUGCUCGCCGUCGAUCUGAAGAGCAAGACGCUGCAAGGAGUUGCAGAGUUCACCGCCGACAGAGUCCCGGGAUUCAGCUACACAUAUACACACUGUAUGGUCUCUCGGGAUGAUAUGUCGCCAGGUCUCCACAAAGCAAAAUAUUGUAACAUGUACCCUCACGUAUACGAGGGCACUUAUUCAAACAGCUACUCCUAUGUAAGCACAGUAUAACUUGGGCUCUGCUCAAGUGUUGUGAUAUACUAUUCAUAAAUAAAUAAAUAUACUAUACAGUUGUUCAGAAA